CCCUCGGACCCAGCGGCUUUCCCGGGCCCCGACCCUCGGAAGUCAGGGAGAGCUCACCGAGCCGGGCCACUGGCACCAGGGGUACCGGGGCCCAGAAGGUCAGAGCGCGGCCCCCUGGCGAUCAGCUGCCGCAGGCCACCUUUGACCCCAUUCCCCCUCUGAACCCUCAUCGGCUAUGGCGUGAGGGGAGGGUAGAACGGGAGAGGGCGGGGGCGUGGCCGCUGCGUCCAAUCGGAGACUCCCGAGUCUCCGACCGGCCAAUCCGAGCCUCGGUCCGCCCCGCGGCCCGACUCCCGGCUCCAGAGCUCCGCAGUUGCACGAGUUCCGGACUCGCGGCCCGCUGCGCUCCACCUUCUGCCCCCGGGACCCUCUCCGAGUGAGCCCGCCCCCGCCGCCAUGCCCUUCGUGGAGCUGGACACCAGCCUGCCCGCCGCCCGCCUGCCCAGUGGCCUGAGCCAGCGCCUGUGCGCCGCGGUCGCCGCCGUGCUGGGCAAGCCCCAGGACAGAGUGAAUGUGACUGUGAGACCAGACCUCCACAUGAUCCUGAGUGGCUCAGGAGACCCGUGUGCCCAGCUUAUCGUCUCCUCCAUUGGAGUAGUCGGCACGGCGGAGGAGAACCGGGACCACAGCGCCAAGUUCUUUGAGUUCCUCACCAAGGAGCUGAGCCUGAGUGAGGACCGGAUUAACAUUCGGUUCUACCCCUUGGAGCCUUGGCAAAUCGGCAAGAAGGGCACAGUGAUGACGUUUCUGUGAGGACCCCGGAGACGGUGCUGCCGGAGCAGCAGGCCUCUGCCCGCACCUGCACCAAGCAUUCUCCUUAGGGACAGUAGAAUAAAGUGGAGCUCUGUGUUUGCUUGAA